AUGCACGUGAUGGCUUCUUGGGCCCCCGCGAGUAGCUUGUCCGCCAGGAUCUGGCGGCUGUCGGGCGGGAUGCAGGGCCACCGGGCCUGGAUAAGGUCAAGAAUGGUGCGGUGGGCCGGAUCGGGUCGGUGGAGGUCGGUGACCGGGAUGUGGUGCUGGAGACAGGGGAGGGUGUCGUUGAAGUCGGGUAGGGGCGGGUUGGGCGGGUCAAGGACUGUGCCGCGGCAGACGCCGGAGAGUUUGAGGCGGACGGUGAAGUGGGUCGGGUCGGAGAUCGGAGGGCCUUGGAGGAGGAAGAUCCGGGGGACGGCUUUGAGGGAGAAAGUGCAGAGGUAA